CUGAGACAAGUUGUCGAGGGUGACUGUCCGAUUUGCCAUGAACGCAUGGAUCCUGGUAUCAGAGAACUUACGUUCUGCCAGUCUUGUGGAGGCAAUUUCCAUUUUGACUGUAUCUCCCAAUGGGAAGAACAAGGAACCAACAAACAACACUCAGAAUGCCCACUGUGCCGACAAUAUUUGGAAAUUGAUGAAACUGAGCAAUCCGAAACGUUUACCUAUCUGAACCCACGAGCCUUUGAGAUAUACUCUGAGUGGAUUUACAAAGGCUACAUUGGAUAUACAGAUCAGGAGGUGGCCAACGAUAUGUUCCACGAUCUUAUACUUGCCUAUAUCUUUGCAUCCAUAGUCCAAGACUUCAAGUUCCGCAAUGCAACCAUCAAGGCACUUGUUGAGAUUUCAGUCAGCAGGGAUAUGCUUCCGCAUAAAGAAGAUAUCAUUGAUGUCUACAAGGAGACACCGGUCCGUUCACGCCUUAGAAGACUCAUGGUGGAACUAUACAUCAGCAUC